AUGCGCCUUAUCAACUGUAAAACAUUGAAGCUAGAGUUUAAGGAGCUCCAAGAUGCACCGCCUUAUGCUAUUCUGUCUCAUACUUGGGGAGACGGGGAGGUUACAUUCGCCGAUUUCCACCAGACCAGCCGUAGGAAAUUGGAUGGCUGGAGAAGGAUAGCUCUCGCCUGCCAGCAAGCACUACAGGAUGGCUUGGAGUACGCAUGGGUUGAUACUUGCUGCAUCGAUAAAAGCAGCAGCGCCGAGCUAUCAGAAUCGAUCAAUUCCAUGUUCAAAUGGUAUGGCCAUUCUCACAAGUGCUAUGCCUUUUUGACCGACUAUUCGUGUUCGGAAUCGAUUGACGAGGACUUUACCAAGUCCAACUGGUUUUCUAGCGGUUGGACGCUUCAGGAGCUUAUUGCGCCAAGUACCGUUAUGUUUUUCGACAAAGAAUGGCAAUACACAGGAACAAAGGAAGAUCUUGGCCGUCAGAUUUCUCAAAAUACCAACAUCGACAAGGAACUCCUUGCCACGACUGGGUUCGAUGCAAUUCGAAAUCGCUUAUAUGCCUGCACCGUGGCACAGAGAAUGUCAUGGGCAGCAACUCGUAAGACCAAGAGGGAGGAAGAUAUUGCAUACUGCUUGUUGGGAAUUUUUGGACUCAGCAUGCCAAUGCUGUACGGCGAAGGCGACCGUGCUUUCAUGCGGCUGCAAGAGGAAAUCAUCAAAGAAACUAACGAUAUGACCUUGUUUGCCUGGCAGACGUCGGACCACGGCGUCUAUGAUCGUUUUAACGAGAUGCAUCCUGGUGCCAAAACCUACAGAGGAAUUUUGGCUAGAAGUCCUCGAGAAUUUAGUAUGGCACACCAACUACUUUCGUCAUCACAUUUAAGCCUCGUUCCAGAAUACAGAAUGAUGAACAAGGGUCUCAAAUUAUCAAGCGAGGUUGUCCUGAAAGCCAUCAACCACGAUACCUAUUUCAUGUCUCCCAACUGUUACACACGCAGUUUAGCCUCAAGACACUGCGGCAUAUGUUUGAAGAACUAUGGCGCCGGUCUAUUUGCCCGAGUCUGCCCUGACAAGUUGUUGUUGGAACCUGAAGGCACUCUGGCUAGCCCUGGGGAGAUCUACGUCAGCAAAAAUCUGCUACCAGCGGAGCUCCAAGCACUCGAGCAACUCUCUCAGCAGGUUUUCAGAUUGUCCUACAAAUUUGAUACUUCAAAAUAUGUUUGUACCGUUGAAGCUAUUGAGCCGCGCAACCAGUGGGUUUCGGCCAAAGGCAUCUUCAGGCCGCCUCCAAGGCAGUCCUCCUUCACCGGAUAUCACAGAAUUUUGUGGCAGAGGAAGGAUAGUAACAACGUUGAGAACAGGAAAUCAGUUACCAGCGGCCGUUUUAUGGCGUUAUGUGGCUGGAACAAGGGAUCCGGGCUGUGGUUUUGCCUGGCCUCAGCUGAAGAGGACCCGGAACUUUACAAGGCAGCUGAGUCUAUGGACCUUGAGCUGGCAGGAAAGCUUGGAAAUUUAAGCAAAAGAAUUAGGACGCCACUCAGAUUCCAGUCCCCAUCCAACGCGGGGAUAACUCUAAAAAUAGAGGAAGAGUAUGGUAAAGGCAUUACGCAGUCUGUUUUUGAUGUCCAGGUUUGGCUGGGUGUUGAUGACUUUUCUCCUCAUAAUUGGCAAAACUACGGAUAUGAUGAGAUACCAGUCCAUUAUCUGCAAUAA